CCGGAGAGCAGCCGGAGAAAUCACCGUCACCCCAACUCCGACGUUUCCUGCAAGAAGUUAGAGACUUAAGCAGCACCUGACGCCGGAGGGAGAUGAUAUGCUCGAUGCUGUGGAAAAUACCCCUGAGCUGAAGAAGUGCCACUGGAUGUUGUGCGCGUUCGAUACCAGAAGAGCCCAGACCCCGUGGGCAACUGAGACGAAAUGUGCCGAGAAUGACGACAAAUCUGUGAAUUUGUUCUCUGGAGUUGCUAAUUUGCCAGCCCGAAGCAACACAUUCCGCACGGAGGAACCGUUCUGCUGCUCCUGAUUUCUCCCCAAACUGGUGCUCCCAGAUGCAUGGCUUUCUAUGUGUUGGAACAAAUCAUCCCUAACUGCAGCAUACCGGGAGAGGGGAAAGGUUGAGGCAACUAACUGGCUGUCUCCAAAUAAGCGACGAGAUGUAAUGCAUCCUCCAGUCCAUGCACGCUCCCAGUUUGUGCAUCGUUCCUCAGUGGAGACCUUUAAACGCUAAAAUUCAGGAAAAGAAAAUAAAUACACUAUCAUGGACCUGAGGGAUUUUUACCUGUUGGCUGCUCUGAUUGCCUGUUUAAGGCUGGAUUCCGCAAUAGCUCAAGAACUUAUUUACACCAUUAGAGAGGAAUUGCCUGAAAAUGUGCCCAUAGGAAACAUACCAAAGGACCUGAACAUUUCUCACAUCAAUGCUGCCACAGGGACCGGUGCCAGCCUUGUCUACAGACUGGUUUCUAAAGCUGGGGAUGCCCCUUUGGUGAAAGUAUCCAGCAGCACGGGGGAAAUUUUCACAACCUCCAACAGAAUAGACCGAGAAAAACUCUGCGCCGGGGCCCCUUACGCCGAGGAGAGCGAGUGUUUCUUUGAACUGGAGGUGGUGAUCCUCCCCAAUGAUUUCUUCAGGCUGAUCAAAAUCAAGAUCAUCGUUAAGGAUACCAAUGACAACGCCCCCAUGUUUCCGUCUCCCGUCAUCAACAUUUCCAUUCCGGAAAACACUCUGAUCAACAGCCGCUUUCCAAUCCCAUCGGCAACAGAUCCCGACACGGGCUUCAACGGCGUCCAGCAUUACGAGCUGCUCAACGGGCAGAGUGUCUUUGGACUGGACAUCGUGGAAACUCCGGAGGGGGAGAAGUGGCCGCAGCUGAUUGUCCAGCAGAACCUGGACCGCGAGCAGAAAGACACCUAUGUGAUGAAAAUCAAAGUGGAAGACGGAGGCACCCCGCAGAAAUCCAGCACGGCCAUCCUGCAGGUGACGGUGAGCGACGUCAACGACAACAGGCCGGUGUUUCGGGAGGGCCAGGUGGAGGUCCACAUCCCCGAGAACGCCCCGGUGGGCACCUCGGUGAUUCAGCUCCACGCCACCGACGCCGACAUCGGCAGCAACGCCGAGGUGCGCUACAUCUUCGGCGCCCAGGUGGCCCCCGCUACCAAAAGGCUCUUCGCUUUAAACAACACCACCGGGCUGAUUACCGUCCAGAGGUCCUUGGACCGCGAGGAGACGGCCAUCCACAAGGUGACGGUGCUGGCCAGCGACGGCAGCUCCACGCCCGCCCGGGCCACGGUCACCAUCAACGUCACCGACGUGAACGACAACCCGCCCAACAUCGACCUCAGGUACAUCAUCAGCCCCAUCAACGGCACCGUCUACUUGUCCGAGAAGGACCCGGUCAACACCAAGAUCGCCCUCAUCACCGUCUCCGACAAGGACACCGACGUGAACGGCAAGGUCAUCUGCUUCCUGGAGCGCGAGGUCCCGUUCCACCUGAAGGCCGUCUACGACAACCAGUACCUGCUGGAGACGUCCUCCCCGCUCGACUACGAGGGCACCAAGGAGUUCAGCUUCAAGAUCGUCGCCUCGGACGCGGGCAAGCCCAGCCUGAACCAGACGGCGCUGGUCCGGGUGCGGCUGGAGGACGAGAACGACAACCCGCCCGUCUUCAGCCAGCCGGUCAUCGAGCUGUCGGUGCCGGAGAACAACCGCCGCGGCCUCUACCUGACGACGCUCAGCGCCACGGACGAGGACAGCGGCAAGAACGCGGACAUCGCCUACCAGCUGGGCCCCAACGCCUCCUUCUUCGACCUGGACCGCAAGACGGGCGUCCUCACGGCCUCCCGCGUCUUCGACCGCGAGGAGCAGGAGCGCUUCAUCUUCACGGUGACCGCGCGCGACAACGGGACGCCGCCGCUGCAGAGCCAGGCGGCCGUGAUCGUCACCGUGCUGGACGAGAACGACAACAGCCCCAAGUUCACGCACAACCACUUCCAGUUCUUCGUGUCCGAGAACCUGCCCAAGCACAGCACCGUGGGCGUGAUCACCGUCACGGACGCCGACGCGGGCGACAACAAGGCCGUCACGCUGUCCAUCCUCAACGACCGCGACAACUUCGUGCUGGACCCGGCCUCGGGCGUCAUCAAGUCCAACGUGUCCUUCGACCGCGAGCAGCAGAGCUCCUACACCUUCGACGUGCAGGCGGCGGACGCGGGGCGGCCCCCGCGCGCCGCCACGGCCAAGGUGACCAUCAACGUGAUGGACGUGAACGACAACAGCCCGGUGGUCAUCUCGCCGCCGUCCAACACGUCCUUCCGCCUGGUGCCGCUGUCGGCCAUCCCGGGCUCCGUGGUGGCCGAGGUGUUCGCCGUGGACGUGGACACCGGCAUGAACGCCGAGCUCAAGUACGCGAUCGUGAGCGGGAACGGGCGCGGGCUGUUCCGCAUCGACCCGGUCACGGGCAACAUCACGCUGGAGGAGAAGCCCGCGCCCGCCGACGUGGGGCUGCACCGCCUGGCCGUGAACAUCAGCGACCUGGGCUACCCGCGCGCGCUGCACACGCUGGUGCUGGUCUUCCUCUACGUGAACGACACGGCGGGCAACGCCUCCUACAUCCACGACCUGAUCCGCCGCACGCUGGAGACGCCGCUGGACCGCAGCAUCGGCGACGGCGCCGCGCCGCCCCGCCGCGACGACUACCUGACCAUCGUGGUGGCCGUGGUGGCCGGCGCCAUGGCCGUCGUGGUGGUCAUCUUCGUCACCGUGCUGGUGCGCUGCCGCCACGCGUCCCGCUUCAAGGCCGCGCAGAGGACCAAGCAGGGCGCCGAGUGGAUGUCGCCGAACCAGGAGAACAAGCAGAGCAAGAAAAAGAAGAGGAAGAAACGGAAGGCCCCCAAGAGCUCCCUCCUGAACUUUGUGACCAUCGAGGAGGCCAAGGCCGACGACGCGGGGCGCGAGCCCAUCAACGGGACCCUGCGGCUGCCGGCCGAGCUGGAGGAGCAGAGCCUGGCGGGCUUCGGCUGGGGCGCGGCGCCGCCCAGCACCUUCAAGCCCGGCAGCCCCGACCUGGCCAAGCACUACCAGGCCGCCGCGCCGCAGCCCGCCUUCCACCUCAAGCCCGACACGCCCGUGUCCGCCAAGAAGCACCACGCCAUCCAGGAGCUGCCCCUGGACAACACCUUCGUCGGGGCGUGCGACACGCUCUCCAAGCGCUCGUCCACGAGCUCGGACCACUUCAGUGCCUCGGAGUGCAGCUCCCAGGGAGGCUUCAAGACCAAGGGCCCCCUGCACGCCAGACAGUGUAACUCAUACAGCAAAAGUGACAAUAUUCCUGUCACUCCCCAGAAAUGUCCCAGCUCUGCGGGUUUCCACAUUCAGGAGAAUGAAGAAAGCCGUUACGAGUCGCAGCGCCGCGUUACGUUUCACCUCCCUGAUGGCUCCCAGGAAAGCUGCAGUGACAGUGGUCUGGGGGACCACGAGCCGGUGGGUAGUGGCACCCUGAUCUCACACCCUCUUCCUCUGGUUCAGCCACAGGACGAAUUCUACGACCAGGCCUCUCCGGACAAGAGGACCGAAGCAGAUGGCAACUCUGACCCCAACUCCGAUGGGCCUCUGGGCCCCCGAGGAUUAGCUGAAGCUACAGAGAUGUGCACUCAGGAGUGCUUGGUUUUGGGUCACUCUGAUAAUUGCUGGAUGCCUCCUGGCUUGGGUCCAUAUCAGCACCCCAAAUCUCCUCUCUCAACUUUUGCACCCCAGAAAGAAUGGGUCAAGAAAGACAAGCUUGUGAAUGGGCACACCCUUACCAGAGCCUGGAAAGAAGACAGCAACAGGAACCAGUUCAGCGAUCGUAAGCAGUAUGGCUCCAACGAAGGCCAUUUCAACAACGGCAGCCACAUGACAGACAUUCCUCUGGCUAAUCUGAAGUCUUAUAAGCAAGCAGGAGGUGCUAUCGAGAGUCCUAAGGAGCACCAACUCUAAAAAACAAAAAACAAAAAAGGCUGUAUGGGACUUAAUAACAUUAAUCUAAAUAGACAUGCUAAUACUGUGUGUGUCAGAGCUUUAUGUAUUCAAUAGAUCUCUACAAUUAUGCCCCUUGUAGCAGGGAUAUUCAUAACUUUGUGUUAGCACCAUGGAGGAUACAAUGUUUUACACCAUAAGAGAGAAGAUAGUUUUACUAGCCAUGUGAUCUUGUUUACUAGAAUUGAUUAAACUCUCUCCAUUGUGCAAAUAUUCUUUUUUUUUUUAAAUUGCAUUUUAUUUUGACCCUGGACUGCUGCUAUGAACAAUAGAAUAUGCAUUUGGAGAGUAAGAAAGUUCCAUGGAUUAGAAUGAUUGACAAAUAUAUCCAGUUAGAAAAUUGUGCUCUUUUUGUCAUUGAUUUGUGCUGGGACUGCUAUACUUGACAUUAUACUUCAAAUGAAACUUAAAAAGAUAAGCAUUAAACCUAUUGUGCUGUUAACAACGUUAGUGGACACUUGUAAGUCAGUGUUAAAGUAUUUGUAAAUAGAAGCAAGUUAUUAUUAACAACUUUUGUGUACUUAAAAUGUUCACCUAAAAAAUGUUGUAGCAUAAUUCUGUGUUAUAUGGUUGCUUCUUUCCUUUUUUUUUCAUUUGCCUUUUUGUUGUUUCUUUUAGUGAGGUGUUUCUACGUUAGUAGUCUGUCUUGACACACAUUGUUCAAAGGCUCUCAAACACUUGUGUUUUUAAACAGGUUCUGGAAACUUGCUUCUUCUAUGAUAGCUUAUAAUGCCGAGAUUCUGUAUAACAUAAAGAUAAAAAGUAAAAACUUUAUAUUAGAAAAUGACUUCUGCGAAAUUCAGAACCUAUUUUUUUGACAUCCUUACUUUCAAAGUAGGCAAAAGCAAAUCACUUAAUUAGUAGUAUUAAGUGAAAGAGUAAUGGGAAAGUGUUAUUGUUCAGAAAGUGAUAUAAUAUCCUGUACUUGUCACUCAUGAAAAACUAAUGUAUCAAAAUUAGCAUAUAUUAAAGAAAAAUUACUAUUUAAAAAUAGUUACAAUUGGGCAAAUGUGUGUCUACAACUUUGUUGAAAUGGCAGUUUGUGUUGAUCCUCAUAUACAAUAAUGUUGUUGUAACACAAGUGUUAGACCAUAGCCACAAAAUAUUUAAUGUGUUGUGCCUUCAUGAUGUAACAGAACAUUCUCCAGGUAGGCUAGUUGGGGGAAAUAAAGGGAUAAAUCUCUAAUUAUUGCUGUUUAACUGUUUGUUAUCAUAAUUGGUCAAUGCCUGGCAGGUACCAGCAUCACGUCACUUAGGUCAAACCAACAGAGUGACAACUAAUGUUAAUAAGAUCUCAGUUGCACGUGCAAACAAAUCCAAAUUUGAACAUUCUUAGGAGGUUUUUGUUAAGGCAUGACAGAUGAUUUAAACAAAUAAAUAGCAUGCAACAAAUUGUCUUUAUUGAAAGAAGUGAAAGUUAUCUUAAUGACGCGGUUCAACAUCAGUUUAAAAGUGAAAAAAAAUAAAAAUAAAAAAAGGUUUGCUAAUCUGAUAGUUAAUUUGUUACCAAAAAUAAAAUUACUUUGUAAAUAGCAAUUCACAUUUUUUCACAAUAUAAUGGAAAAUAAUGGGUAGGGGUGCAUUGCUUAUUGCAGUACAUUUUUGUCAGUUUGUGAGGGGUGUUUGAUGACUUUGACAGAAUAAAUAUCUAAACAAUUAUCCUUGUUACUGCUUUGCCAGUUACGUUAUUUACAAUUAUUCAGCUCUUGCAAUAAACGUUCUGAAUUCCUGA